CCCGGGAGCGCGGCGGGAGGCGGCGGAACCGCACCGCAAACUUUCCCGGAGCGGCCGGCGCGGGGCCAUGGGCCGCGGCCCGCGCUGAGCACCAUGAUCGCCGCCCGCGGCCGCCCGCUCUGCCCCGCGCUGCUGCUGCUGCUGCUGCUGGCCGCGCUCUGCCCCGCCGCCGCCGAAGUGUGCACCGGCACCGACAUGAAGCUGCUGCAGCCCUCCAGCCCCGAGAGCCACUACGAGACCCUGCGGCACCUCUACCAGGGCUGCCAGGUGGUGCAGGGCAACCUGGAGCUCACCUACCUGCCCCCCGGCGCCGACACCGCCUUCCUCCAGGACAUCAAGGAGGUGCAGGGCUACGUGUUGAUCGCCGAGAACCACGUGAGCGCCGUGGGGCUGCAGGGGCUGCGCAUCAUCCGUGGGACGCAGCUCUUCCAGGAGCGCUACGCGUUGGCCGUGCUGGGCAACGUGGGGCUGCGGCAGCUCGGCAUGCGGCAGCUCACAGAGAUCCUGAAGGGGGGGGUGCACAUCGAGGGGAACCCCCAGCUCUGCUUCCAGGAGACCAUUCUCUGGACUGACAUCUUCCACCGGCACAACGAGCUGCGCGGCGAGACCCGCGUGGAGAGCACCCGCAGCCGCACCUGUCCCGACUGCCGGGCGCUGUGUGCCGAGGGGCACUGCUGGGGCGAGAGCCCGCAGGACUGCCAGACCCUGACCAACAGCAUCUGCCACGGGUGUCCACGCUGCAAGGGCACGAAGCCGACAGACUGCUGCCACGAGCAGUGCGCCGCGGGCUGCACCGGCCCCAAGCACUCCGACUGCCUGGCCUGUCUGAACUUCAACCGGAGCGGGAUCUGCGAGCUGCACUGCCCCCCCCUCGUCAUCUACAACUCCGACACCUUCGAGUCGGUGCCCAACCGCGAUGGGCGCUACACCUUCGGUGCCAGCUGUGUCAGCCAGUGCCCCUAUAACUACCUUGCAACAGAGGUGGGCUCCUGCACCCUCGUCUGCCCCCAGAACAGUCAGGAGGUGACAGUCAACAACGUGCAGAAGUGCGAGAAGUGCAGCAAGCCCUGCCCCGAGGUGUGCUACGGGCUGGGGGUGGAUUUCCUCAAGGGUGUCCGUGCUGUCAACGCCUCCAACAUCCGGCACUUCGCUGGCUGCACCAAGAUCUUUGGCAGCCUGGCCUUCCUGCCCGAGACCUUUGCUGGGGACCCAAGCACCAACACAGCACCCCUGGACCCCCAACUGCUAUCAAUCUUCGAGAGCCUGGAGGAGCUGACGGGGUACCUGUACAUUGCUGCCUGGCCACCUGGCCUGGAGGACCUGGGCGUCUUCCAGAACCUGCGCAUCAUCCGCGGCCGUGUGCUGCACAACGGUGCCUACUCGCUGACGCUGCGGGACCUGGCGGUGCGGGCGCUGGGGCUCCGUGCCCUGCAGGAGAUCAGCAGCGGGAUGGUGCUCAUCCACCACAACCCCCAGCUCUGCUUCCUCCAGAAGGUGCCCUGGGACAGCAUCUUCCGCCACCCCCGCCAGCGCCUCUUCCAGACCCACAACAAAUCCCCCGAGCAGUGCGAGAGCGAGGGGCUGGUGUGCUUCCACCUCUGUGCCCACGGGCACUGCUGGGGGCCCGGCCCCACGCAAUGCGUCUCCUGCGAGCGCUUCCUGCGUGGCCAGGAGUGCGUGGCCUCCUGCAACCUGCUGGAUGGCGCCAUCCGGGAGCACGCCAACGGCACGCGCUGCCUGCCCUGCCACCCCGAGUGCCAGCCACAGAACGGCACCGAGACCUGCUUCGGAUCGGACGCGGAUCAGUGCGUGGCAUGCGCGCACUACAAGGACGGGCAGCAGUGUGUGCGGCGCUGCCCCAGCGGGGUGAAGGUGGACGCCUCCUUCGUGCCCAUCUGGAAGUACCCGGACGAGGAGGGGGUCUGCCAGCUCUGCCCCACCAACUGCACCCACUCGUGCACCAUCCGGGAUGAGGACGGCUGUCCCGUGGACCAGAAGCCAAGCCAGGUGACGUCCAUCAUCGCCGGCGUGGUGGGGGCUCUGCUGGUCGUCGUCCUUCUGCUCAUCACCGUUGUCUGCGUCAAGCGCCGGCGGCAGCAGGAGAGGAAGCACACCAUGCGGCGGCUGCUGCAGGAGACCGAGCUGGUGGAGCCGCUGACGCCCAGCGGGGCCCUCCCCAACCAAGCGCAGAUGCGCAUCCUCAAGGAGACGGAGCUGAAAAAAGUGAAGGUUUUGGGCUCCGGUGCUUUUGGCACUGUCUAUAAGGGCAUCUGGAUCCCCGACGGGGAGAGCGUGAAGAUCCCGGUGGCCAUCAAAGUGUUGCGGGAGAACACAUCGCCCAAAGCCAACAAGGAGAUCCUGGACGAAGCCUACGUGAUGGCUGGGGUGGGCAGCCCCUACGUGUCACGGCUGCUGGGCAUCUGCCUGACCUCCACGGUGCAGCUGGUGACGCAGCUGAUGCCCUACGGCUGCCUGCUGGACUACGUGCGGGAGAACAAGGACCGCAUCGGCUCCCAGGACCUGCUCAAUUGGUGUGUGCAGAUCGCCAAGGGGAUGAGCUACCUGGAGGAGGUGCGGCUGGUGCACCGCGACCUGGCUGCUCGCAACGUCCUGGUCAAGAGCCCCAACCACGUCAAAAUCACCGACUUCGGGCUGGCACGGCUGCUUGAUAUCGACGAGACCGAGUACCACGCCGAUGGGGGCAAGGUCCCCAUCAAGUGGAUGGCACUGGAGUCCAUCCUGCGCCGGCGCUUCACCCACCAGAGCGAUGUCUGGAGCUACGGUGUCACCGUGUGGGAGCUGAUGACCUUCGGGGCGAAACCGUACGAUGGAAUCCCGGCGCGAGAGAUCCCCGACCUGCUGGAGAAAGGCGAGCGGCUGCCGCAGCCGCCUAUCUGCACCAUCGACGUCUACAUGAUCAUGGUGAAAUGCUGGAUGAUCGACUCUGAGUGCCGGCCCAAGUUCCGUGAGCUGGUCACCGAGUUCUCCCGCAUGGCCCGCGACCCUCAGCGCUUCGUGGUCAUCCAGAACGACAUGAUCGGGCUGCCCAGCUCCAUGGACAGCACCUUCUACCGGGCGCUGCUGGAGGAGGAGGACAUGGACGACCUGGUGGACGCCGAGGAGUACCUGGUCCCUCACCAGGGCUUCUUCAGCGCUGAGACCUCCACCGCCUACCGCAGCCGCAUCUCCUCCACGCGGAGCACGGCAGAGACCCCAGCUGACAUGACAGAGGGCGAGGACUCGGCCGCCUUCCCCUUCUCACCGCAGAGCCUGGUGGAGGGGCCAGAGUGCCCUGUGCCGGAGGCUCUGGAGGUGGAUGCUGGGGCCAAGGGAGCCCUGCCAAGCCCCCCAGCCACGCGGUACAGCGAGGACCCCACUGCGCUGCCAGGAGAUGAGAGCGAGGGUUUGGACCCUGAGGGCUUCGCUACCCCAGCCCCCCAUGCCACUAUGCCAGAGUAUGUGAAUCAGGCUGGGGAGCGGCCAGCACCCCCCCGGCACCCCUGCGCACCGCCAUCGCCACCAGACAAACCCAAGGGCCACCAAGGCAAGAACGGGCUCAUCAAGGACACCAAGCACCCCUUCCUGGGGCCAUUCGGCCACGCCGUGGAGAACCCCGAGUACCUGGCCCCCCCAGGGCUGCCGGUCCCCACCGCCUUCAGCCAGGCCUUCGACAAUCCCUACUACUGGAACCAGGAGCCCCCCAAAGCCGGGGGCCCUGAGGGCGGCCCCAGCUCCACGCCGGCAGCUGAGAACCCCGAGUACCUGGGCUUGGCUGAGCCUGAGGACGUGGCUGUGUAGGGCAGGGCCGCCAAUGGACCCCCCUUCACCGAGGCAGCUUGGGGAGGGCCGGCGUGAGGCCGGCAGCGGAUGUGGGGCUGGGACCGGCCCCUCUGCACAGCGUGUCCUGUGCUGCAGGAGAGCCCAGGGCUCUGUGGGACGGGGCAGCAGCAUGGCGGGGGCACAGAGGACCCCCAAAAGGAGCCCAAAAACCCCACUGAGAUGGAUGCUUGAACCCCACAUGGUUCCCUGAGGGAUGAGGAAGAUGGAAGCAGCAUCACCCCGACCAGCACAGGACUGGGAGCCCCAUCGUGCUGCAACUCGUCACCACACACCCGUGCCACGCUGCCGCUGUCCCAAAGGCUCCUCUGCCACCACCGUGCCCCCAGCCCCCUCCCCACCGGCGCCCACCCGCGCCGGACACACUGACUUGCACUGAGCAGGUGGACACCGGGCAGCCCGAGCUCCUGCUGGAUUCCUGUGAAGCUGAUGGUGUCACACCUGGAUGUAUAUUUGAUCAUUGUAUAUGGUUUGUUUUUUUUUUCUA